AUGACGGGAACUUCCACAAAGCCAGGCACGAAGCCAUACAAAGUCCAACCGUCACAUUGGGCCAUGUUCCUCUCGACCAGUCUCAUUAUGGAGGGAUACGAUGUUGUUAUGAUCACAUCAUUCUACAGUCAAACCCAAUUCCAAAGGCGUUUUGGAACGCAUAACCCUGAUACCAACGCCUAUACCAUCUCAGCUGAGUGGCAAUCAGGUUUGAGUAAUUCGUCCACAGUCGGCCAGCUGUUCGGCCUCUUAUUCAAUGCAUACGCCCAAGAUAAAUUUGGCUGCCGACCAACGAUGAUGUUCUUCAUGGCGUGGAUGGCCGUGAUGAUCUUCAUACCAUUCUUCGCACCGUCACUAUCUGUUCUAGCAUUUGGAGAAGCUAUGUGCGGUCUGUCAUGGGGAGUUUUCCAGACUCUGUCGACUGGUUAUGCGUCUGAAGUCGUUCUGACGGUGCUGAGGCCAUAUGUAACCGCCUAUAUCUGUAUGUGCUGGGGUGCUGGAAUAUUACUAUCCUCUGGUGUCGUUCGUGCAGUAACUGGGAUCCAAGGUGAUCUUGGUUGGAGACUACCUUUUGCUAUUCAAUGGGUUUGGCCGGUCCCCCCAUUGAUUGCAGCCUAUUUUGCACCCGAGUCUCCAUGGAAUGCGGUUCGACGAGGGAAACUUGAUCUCGCUCGAAAGAGCCUAAUGCGACUUCGUGAGGACUCACCCCAGAAAGAGAAAGAAGUCGAAGCUACUCUUGCAUAUAUUCGCCAUACUACCCAGCUUGAGAUGGAAGAAAGUGGAGAUGCGAGCUUUUUUGAGUGCUUUCAAGGAGUCAAUUGGCGGCGAACAGAGAUUAACUGCGUGGUCUGGGCUGCGCAAAUUCUCUAUGGUAAUGCUAUCCUCGGCUACUCAGUCACCUUUCUCGAAGCAGCAGGCUUUUCUGAAAUACAGGCCUUUGACUUGAACAUCUCGCUUUCGACAUGCUAUAUAAUCGGCGGAAUAAUUUGGCUUACAUUUAUGUUCUUUCGCCUCGUUGCAAUCGGCGGUCUUGGAUUCUCGCAUAGCACACACUCUAAUGUGGCUAUUGGUGGUCUCUUGGUCGUGUCUACUCUCUGCAACAUGAUUACAGUAGGACCUGUCUGUUAUCCAAUAGUGGCUGAAACUCCUUCAGGAAGGUUAAGGUAUAAGACAAUUGUCAUUGGACGAUUCGUGUAUAACGUCACGCAAAUAUUUAGUAAUUCUGUGACGCCACGCAUGAUCCAAGCGUCAGCAUGGAAUUGGGGUGCCAAAGCAGGUCUUUUCUAUGCCGGUACCAAUCUGUUAUGCAACAUAUGGUGCUGGUUCCGACUUCCAGAGACCAAAGAUCGUACCUUUGGCGAGAUUGAUAUUCUAUUUGAGAAUCAAAUUCCGGCCCGAAACUUCAAAUACACUAAAGUUGAUCCUAAGAGGCGGCCAAUAAACUGA